AUGGCUGACUUGCGACACCAUUUAACAACCCGACCGGGACGUGGUUAUAGGCGCCAGUUACCAUUUUUGAAACUCUGUCCUACCUGCAACAACGAUUUCAUUGACAAAGAAGUUUUUGAAUCUCGACAUGGCUAUCGAGGGGAGCUCUGCAACAACCGCCAACCCCAGCGCAGAAAAGCCAAUGCGCAAAUGCAAUGGGAACUGCUGUACCGCCAAGUAGAGGCAGAAAUGUCAAAACAUACCCCCAAAAGGAAUGAAAGGGAAUCCAUCCUACCAAGAUCCAAUGCCAGAUCCGCAGCACCACCAGUGUCAAAUCACACUGAAACAGACUCUCCUGCCGAUCGUUUUAUACCGCAUAACCAAGACGUGGUUAUAUCUUACCUCACGCCCUACCAACUCAUUGCUAAGUCGAAAUCUGACGGGAGAGUACCAGACACAGAGCCACAGCGUUGGGCCAGACCAACCUCCUUCAUCACACACAUGGUUCAAAGGCGGAAAUCGGACAUUUUCUCAUAG